AUGGGCUGCUGUGGUGAACCUAACGACGGCAACCCCCCGACUAACCAUGGCAUUCCUGCCUAUAAUGCUGGAACUAUUACCAGCCAGCCGACUGGGCAACCGAUGAUGGGGCAAACCCAAGCCUUUCAGCAACCCCUUCUCGCGUCACCGCCAGCGGUACACUCCACCGGCAAUGGAAUGCAGCAAGGCACGCCCUGGGGCCAGUCUGCUUCACCGCCGCCUAUGAAUCAGUUUGGGGGGUACGGAGGUUCCCCCUCUCCGCCCCUUCCAACGUCGACACCAUUGAAUGGUUCUGUGUUCAAUGGUUCCAGCGGCUUUUCGUCUAACGAGCCCUUGAUACGACCACCGUCGGCCGCGCAGUCGUCUCUUACUCCGCCAAUGCCAAAUAAUCAGCUGAACACAACCACUGUUGCCGACGAAGGAAAGAUGUCAGUCUCAAUCGAUUUUGGUACUACGUUCUCGGGUGUCGCCUAUGGAUCAUCACGUAUCGCUGGAGGCCAGGUCCAGCAGAUAUUGAAUUGGCCUGGUUCAUUCGAGACUUUCCGAAAGAUCCCAACCUGCUUGUUGUAUGAUGAGCAUGGACGGGUACUUGCUUGGGGUUUGGAAGCUAAAAACGCGAGCCCAAUGGCCGGGACGACGCGUUGUGAAUGGUUCAAAUUGUUUUUAGAACCCAACGCGCUUCGCGAUGAAUCUGCUAUUGAUCCGCGCCUGCCCACUCUGCCGGCAAGUGAACGCUUGACCCACGACCCUCUGCUCGUUGCUGACUGCUUAUGGGAAUACGCAAAGGACCAAAUUACAAGGGAUAUUGGAGCCGUCGCUGACCUCAACUCUGCCGAUGUCUGGUUGACCGUCCCUGCUGCGUGGGACGCACGCGGAUGCGACAUCAUGCGAGAAGCUGCUAUCUCGGCUGGCCUCGUUCAGAGCUCUAGGGCUGGCGAUAACCAAUGGAAAGACCGAUUGAGGAUAAUCACCGAGCCGGAGGCCGCAGCUGUCCAUUGCGCCCACUUGUCCAACCUCCAUCAUCUCAAACCCUCUCAAAAUUUCAUUGUAUGCGAUGCAGGUGGUGGCACUGUCGAUCUUGCGGUUUAUAAAAUAAUCGGGCAAAUGGCCAACCUUGAGAUUGCGGAGAUGUGUGCGAGAUCAGGCGCCAAUUGCGGUAGCUUAUUCCUUGACCUUCGUUUCCGGGAACUUGUCAAGACUCUUCUGGCCGAUCAUCCUGCCCAUCUCGAUCCAGCAUCCCUGGCUUAUUUCAGUCACGAAACCGACAAGUUGAAUUAUUCUGGUAUCGAAGAUGAUGAUAAUAUGUUCCACUUCACCUGUUUCAAUGUCGAGGACCCUCACGACCCUUCGGUCGGGCUAAUUAACGGGCAGUUAUCCAUUCCAGGGAAUCUAUUACGCAGGGAGGUUUUCGAUCCCGUUGUGAACGAGGUCUUACAACUCCUUGAGGAACAAGUUGCAAGAGUGGAUCAAGUAAUCCAUGCACUACUUCUUGUGGGAGGUUUUGCCGGAUGUGAAUAUCUAAAGCAACGAGUAGAGCAACAAUUCUCGUCUCGCAUUCGGGUUAUUGCGCGACCUCCCGAUUCGGAUACCGCAACUUUGCGAGGUGCAGCACAAUAUGGGCUAGCUCGAAGGGCCCUUGUUUCUAGUGUUAUCGCACCACGUUCCUAUCUUAUGAAGGUGAAGCUUCCUGCUGAGCAAGACGACUGGUUAAAACGGCCAGCGUACAUCAAAAACAAUGCCGCGGGUGUCCCCAUUUGUGACAACAGGUUGCAGUAUCUUGUAUCGAAAGGCGCAAUUCUUCGAAAAGGACAACGCUUGACAACCAAAUUUUGCAAAUUCUCUCAAUCGGCGCAAGAUUCAGCCUUCGUUGCAGUGCUCUAUACAAGCGAUGCUGAGAAGAUGAUGCGCUACACAGACGAGGGGGAGACAUUCGAGCUAUGCAAAUGGACUGUGGAUUUGUCUUCGCUUCCGACUUUCCGCCAAAACGCUGCAAUGCCCCAAAUGGGUGGCUUUUACACCGAAUUCGAGCUGGGCCUGGAGCUUGAUAGCGCCGAGGUUCGAGGCAUCCUCUUGUACAACAAUCAAGAAUGGGGAAGAGUUACGUUCGACUUUUUGAGCUAG